UACAUUUGAAUUUUUUCUGUAGCAAUCAAACGUGUGGUUGAGUAGUUCCCUUUCAUAUUUUUCCGCUGUAUCAAGAAAAACAACUCAUAGGGAUUAGGGGAUGGGAACAGUACUGGUAAUCUUGAGUAUUUUCACCAUGUUAACAGUGGCGUAUGUAGCAGCGGCCAAAAUCACAGCUGAAGAGAGUGACUUUUCUCCGUCACCGGCACCUGCGGUGGGAAUGGACGCUGGAGCUGGGUUUCAACUAACCCAGUCCAGGGCCAUUCUUUUGUCUUGUCUGGUCUUAUGUUACCACUAUCUUACCGAUAGUUUAUUUGCCAAUCCCGAUCCAGACUCAUUUGCAGCUUUUGAUGCUGAUUCAGAUCAAAACUUGUUUGCAGAUAUUAUUAAUACUUCUCUUCAAGAAGAUUGUUUUCCCUCCGAAAUGGGCCUGAAUAAUCAAAUACUAGUUGGUAUUGACGUUCCUUUGACUUCAUCAGUCUUACUACAUUCAGAGAAGAGAGGAGAAAUUACUACAGAGCCGCCACUGCAGGACAAACAAAUGCAAUCUGUGCAUGUCAAUGAAACUACAGUACUACACCGGAAUUAUUCACGGCAGAGAGCUAGCAAGAGUAAAGAAAAAGAUUAUUGCAGAAUUACUCUUAGUGAUUUACAACAACAAUUUGGAAAGAAACGUAGUGAUGCUGCAGAAAGUUUAGGAGUUAGUCCAAGUACAUUUAAGCGCUGCUGUAGAGCCAAUGGCAUAGCCAAGUGGUCAUGUAAAUUGAAAGUGCAGCCACAUACAACUCAAAGGGUGGUGGAAAGUAUGGCUACAUUUCAGAGUGACAACACCAUGAGCAUAAAGGUGUCUUACAAUGGUGUGAAGGUGAGGUUUCCACUCAUUCUUUCAUCAGGGAAAAAUGAUUUGGAAGCAGAAGUUGAGACGAGAUUUGGAAUACAAAUUGUAAGUUUUUCUAUCAUGUACGAAGAUGAAGAUAAAGAUUGGAUUCUCAUCACUUGCGAUUUAGAUUUACAUCACGGAAUGCACACCUUAAAAAAUAAGGGCAUAACUACAAUGAAGAUAAACUUAGUAAAUCAAAUAGAAUGUGGUAGAAUUCUGAACUCGAAUGAAUAAAGUUUAAAUUCUGGAUUCAUCUUUGUGUGUUUCCAAUAUUUAGUAUUCGCCAGAGUUUUUCUGUUUUUUUCACCGGAUGAUGAGAGGUUUUGUAAUUUAUUCCACUAGAUGACAAUUUUUUUUUUUUAAGUCAAGAGAUCUAUCUACUAUGGGGUUGUAAUUGUUCUCUUGUAUUCUUAAGAUUGUUCCAUAUGGUAUUAACAACAUUAAUUCCUAGCAGCAAUUAAGCUCU